UUUUUUUGGCAGAUCCCCCAAAGGUCGUCCUGGUGAUAUCCCACACCGCCUGGCGAUAGUUACAAAAUUACAGAGGGGAAGAAAAUUUCCUCAAAGGCAAAAGGAGGAAUCAUACCUUUGGUUUUUAGUUUCUAGGCUAGGUGGCGCGAGCUACUCCCCUUUUAAUAGGUGCAGGUACAUCCAUCAGAGGUAUACACGGCUCCGGCAUCCAUCCGUUCAUCCAUCCGCGUUCGCGUUCUUCACGUCGACUGACGACGACGGCGGAGAAGCGGUAUAACCAGCUGAAGCUCUGUUCCAGUGCGCCCGAGCUGAUCCAAGAACUGACGAUGCUCCCGAGCCCCAGUUCCAUUCCUGAACCCCAAAUCACGUAAACGGUCGACAGCGCCGCAACAGAGCGGGAGUAAUUCCUACGAAUCUCAACAUUAGGUAAUAAUGGACUUCGAGAGCCCUGACGUCGAGAAGGAUUUCCCGGGACUGUACGCUUCGGAGUCGAUCGGAAAAAGCCAGGAGAGGGACGCCAACUACAGUGACGAGGAAAAAGUCUCAAAGAAGGAACUGCUGAUUGGGAAACUAAAAGACAAGAAGGAAAAGAAAGACAAAGGCUAUGUUGCUUUUGAAGGGGAAAGUUCUGAUGGAGAGAUGGAUGAGUCCAAGGGCAAGGGUAAAAAAAGUAAGGCGCCAUUCAAGUUUCCGGGCAAAGAAAAGAAAGAGAAGUCUCUGAAGAGCAAAGACAGCAAGGACGGACCCAAAUCCAAGGACUCCAAGGAAGCCAAGAAGGACCCAGACAGAGACUCCAAGAAAAAGAAAGAGAGCAAGGUGAAGCUCGGCAAGAAGAAGAAGAAGCACGAGUUGGAAAAGGCCGAGAACCCCAUUUUCGGCGUGCCUUUGUUGACUGCCCUGGAGAGAAACCCGUCGCACGACGGCGUGGAGCUUCCGGCGCUAGUGAGGGAGUGCAUCGACUACAUCGAAGAACAUGGCAUGACGUGCGAGGGCAUCUACAGGAUGUCCGGGGUCAAAUCCAAGGUUCAGCAGCUGAGAGCCCGCUGCAAUCGCCACGAGUCGCUGUGUCUCAGCGAGCAUGAGCCUCACGUCGUGGCAAGCCUGCUGAAGCAGUUUCUCAGGGAGCUGCCGGACCCCGUGCUCACCAGCGAGCUGUGCCCCAAAUUCGAGGAGGCCGCCAGCAUAAAAGACGAAACGAAGCGCGUGGAAGCCAUUCAAAGGUUGAUAGAGCAGCUGCCAAACCCUAACCGACUGUUGCUCUCCUGGGUGUUUGUGCACAUGACCAAUGUCAUCCGCAUGGAGAAGCACAACAAGAUGAACCUCCAGAAUGUGUCCAUUGUUCUGAGCCCCAGUAUGCAAAUCAGCCACAGGGUGCUGCACGCACUCUUUUCUCACGCGUCCAUUUUCUUCAAGGACGUGCAACUUAAAAAGUAUGUGCGGAAGAUCCACCCGGACUCUUCGCGCCAGUCCCUUGACCUGCCCGAGACGCCGGCUGCCAUAGAGGAGGAGCUGAGCCACCAGGAGCAGGUGCUGAACGAGAUCCACGCUGAACUCAACGCUGGCCUCAGGGACCCACAAAAGGAGGAGCAGUUGUGGGAGGUCCAGCGCGUUGUGACUCAACUCAAGCGCAAGCUCCGCGUCUUGAAGCAAGUGAAGAAGGUUCCACCGGAGGUGCCCGCUCCAGACACCGGCGACUCCAUCGACACGAGGCUCCAGCUCCCGCCUGUCCCGGAGCAGGCGGGACAGCCCUCCGAGCCAGCCAAGACGGUGCUGGCCCCUCCCCCUUCCAUGCCGCAAGGCCCUAAGGUCAUCGCGUGCAAGAUGUCGGCCUCCGCCAGCGCCGGCCACGUCCUUUCGGAGGCCGUUGCGGUCCAAAACGGGACGGUGCAGCCCACUCCGCGGAGCUCCACGACUCCGUUGGAUGCCGGUGUUUCCCCGUCGAAGCCACCGGGGUCGAGGGAGGUAGUUUCGGAACAGCGAGAGUUUGCCUCCAGUGUUCAGGAGGAUGCAGCUGGCAGUGGAGAAAUGCAGGCCACCGGUGAUCUCAAGGACGACACCUGCGAGAAACAUUUGACCGAAGGCGAGACAGACUUUGUGCCUCCCGCCGAAGCCAAGCUGUCCGAGGAGGAGGAGGAGGUUGACCCCGAGAUGGUGGUGAUGAGGCAGGAGGAGACCGAGCUGCUGCUGCACCAGGAGGAGCUGCUGUCCCUGGGGGACGAGCUGAGGCGCAAGAUCGCUGCAGAACGGGCCGAGAUUGAGCGACUCAGGAGCGAGAUCGUCGAGUACCAGAAGCUGGCCAAGUACAAGCAAUACUCCGUGGAGUCGGCCGAAUGCAGCAGCUCUGGGACCGAGGGAAGCGAGAGCGAGGGUGAAGACGAGCUAAAGCAGAUCCUCUCUCAGCUGAUGGACGACAACAAGCAACUCUCUCAACAAGCGGCGGAGCUGAGUCAGAAGAUCCUCAAGGAGCGGGAGGCGUGCGUCGACAUAAAGGUGAAGAUGCGCCUGCUGCAGAACGAAGCAAAGAUGCUGAAAAUCUGAUUGACGCCGCAGCCGCCGGGAACAGGCGUCCCGUCAAAGCAUUUGUACUGCCAAAUCUCUCCGAAAAUUCAUUCCACUCACGUUUUUCUCGUCAAGUCUCUCUCAUUUUGUUUUCUCACUGUAGGUGGCAGUGUGUGGUAUCUUGCAAAAGCUACUUGUUUGUUGCGGAGCUUUCAAGGAGCCAGUUCAUUUGAUGACUUGUCGAGAUUAGUUUGUGCGAUGAAGUAGGUUGUGACUUUUUUCUUUUUCUUCCGGCCUAGUUUUUUUAGUGCAACUUAUCGACACAACGUGCUGUGUAUUUAUUUUAGGUGACGAUGCUGCGUUAUGAACCUAAUAAACUGCAGUUGCAUUUGUUGGUGCAAAAAAA